AUGACCGAGGUUUCGGCCACCAGGCUUUACUUGGGCAACCUCCCGCGAAAUGCUACCAAGGGCGACGUUGAGGCUCACUUCGCGACCCAUGGCACCGGAGAGAUCACCGAGGUCAAGCUGAUGAACGGCUUUGGCUUCAUCGAGUACAAAGAUCCCAUGGAUGCCCGAGAUGUAGUUCCCGACGGUUCCGACUUCAUGGGAGAGCGCCUGACGGUCCAGUUUGCUCGUGGGUCCCGUAACCGCGAGGGCGGCGGAUUUGGUAACCACGAGCGCGCGCCUCCGAGACCGCGUCGAACUCCUCACCGGAUGCAGAUCACCGGACUCCCGAGCGAUACCAGUUGGCAGGACCUUAAAGACUUUGCGCGUCAGUCCAGCCUGGACGUCGUGUACUCCGAGACCGGUCGCGAAUCUAACGGCAGAGGUUUUGUGGAAUUUGAGACCGCAGCGGACCUGCGCACCGCCGUAGAGAAGCUUGAUGGCCGAGAGUUCAAGGGAAAUCGCGUCCAAUGCGUGGCAGAUACCCAACCUGACUUCCCUCCCCGGGAACGCGGCCGCUCCCGCUCCCCCGGACGCCGCCCGCACAUGCCUCCGUUUGAGGAGUAUGAUCGCCGUGCACCUCCCCGUGGCGGCAGCGGCAUGGGUGGCGGGAGUGGCAGUGGCGGCGGCGGCGGCGGCGGCGGCGGUGGCGGCGGAUACAGCCCUCGCCGAGAAGGUGGGCCGUACGGAUAUCGCGACCGAAGCCCUCGACACUACCCUCCGCCACGUGGUGGUGGGCGCUACGACGAUCCGUACCACCGCGAUUACCCACCUCCUCCGCCGAACCCUUAUGCUAAUGGCCGCCCGUACGACCGACAGCCAAGGGACUUUCCGCCGCGGGAGCCCACAUACCCACCGCGGGAAGGGUAUGCGCGUGACUACGAGCGAGGCGGACGCUACUGGUGA